UCAAUUUAACCUCAAAAUUUCAAGUUGGAUUUGUUUUGUUUUCAGCCAUGUGACAUUUUUUGGAUUUUUAUGUCUCUUUUUAAAUCAGUGAUUUCCCAAUCGUCGAGUGUUCUUUUAUCUAAGGCGUGCAACGACAGAGCAUUGCAUUUUCAUCAUUCAUUCAUACUCCUACCAAUCCCGUUAUCCACUUGCAACUUCCUCUUCUUACUUACUCACUCAAACCCGAAUUCACAAUGACUCGCACAAAGCCCAAUAUUUUGGUCACGGGCACUCCAGGAGUUGGCAAAUCAAAUUUAUGCCAAGAAAUUAUCAAAAAUAUAGAUGGAUUUGAAUGGAUUGAUAUCAGUGAUCUCGCAAAGAAACAGCAUUUUCUCGACUCUUAUGACCCAGAACUUGAAAGCCAUGUCCUUGAUGAAGACAAGUUAUUGGAUGAGUUAGAGCCAAGAAUGGGUGAGGGUGGUAAAAUAUUAGACUAUCACAGCAGUGAAAUGUUUCCUGAGAGAUGGAUAGAUCAUGUCUACGUCCUCCGUGCCAAGACAGAAAUCCUUUUUGAUAGGCUGACUGCCAGGGGCUACAACAGUAAGAAAGUUGAUCAAAACAUUCAGUGCGAGAUUUUCCAAGUACUAUUAGAUGAAGCGAAUGAAUCGUACAACCCCAGUAUUGUCACAGAACUUCAGAGCAAUGAUGAUGAUGAUGCAGCCAAAAAUAUCAAUGUUGUCAUGGAAUUUCUGAAAAAUUGGACUCCUAAGAAUUCAAGCUGAGAGUCUUAAAGUUUAAUCUAGUAAGUUAAGCAUGAAAAGUUGUUUCUGUAUCAUAUUUUGUAAAUAAAUCUUUUUCUUUAUUUUACAA